AUGGGAGGUUGGUGUGAUGGGGAGUUGAAAUGGGGUGAUUUGAGAAUUUCGGCGUGUGAGGUGGAGCAUGCGGGUUUGUUAGACAAGGUGGCGGUUUUGAGGGCUCUUUUAGAGAAUUUUGAGGGAUUGCAUGAUGAUAAUGAUUCCGUGAGUUGGUUGUUUGAUUCGGAAAAGACUUUUACGGUUUCUUCGUGUUACCACCGGUUUGUUGCUUUGCGGACGCCUUUUGGUCCUUUUAAUAGGAACGAAGAGGCCUUAGAGAUGAUGUGGAAGAUGGAGGUUCCAUUUAAGAUUAAAGCUUUUGCUUGGAGAUUUUUUGUGAAUAGGCUUCCCACUAAAGAUCUUUUAGUGUAUAGAGGUAUUAACUUUCCUACUUCUAACUUAAAUUGUGUUUUUUGUAAUAUGCAUUUGGAAGAUAAGGAUCAUAUGUUCUUCAAAUGUGAUGUGAUUAAGGUUGUUUGGAAGGAAAUUGAUAUGUGGGUGGAUUACCCGAGUUGGAAAGAGGAAGAAAGUAUAUCGUUCUUUAUGGAAUGGAACUCCAAGGGUCGGGUAAAAGGUAUCAAAGUUGGAAAAUUGGAGGUGUUUUGGUUAGCCACUUGUUGGAUUAUUUGGUUGAUAAGGAACGACUAUUGUUUUAGGAAUGACAGUUGGAAUAUUAACAAUAUUGUUUGGAACAUCAAGAUUUUAAGUUGGAGGUGGUCUUCCUUUGGCGACAUUGCUCAUUCCAAUUAUAACUUUCACGAUUUUUGCAAAGACACUUUGUCUUUUAUGUCGUUAUUGUAA